AUGGCCAUCAUCGGCAAGAGAGAAGAGUUCUCCGAUGAUGAUCGCCUCAGCAAGAUUGCCGAGGCAGAUACCAAACCAUGGUACAAGAAGCCGAACUUGAGGUUCUUGUACCUCAUCCUGGUUCCCACUGGCCUUGGUGUGGAAUGGACUUCGGGUUUCGACUCUUCCAUGAUGAACAGUCUUCAGGCUGUACCAUCAUGGGUCGCAUACUUUGACAACCCUACUUCCUCACGUCUCGGGCUUCUCAACGCCAUGUACUCGCUCGGCGCCCUGAUGGCCAUCCCCUUUAUCCCGUCCGUUUCGCAGUGGCUUGGCCGCCGCUGGACAAUCGUCGCUGCUUCGCUUGUCAUGUGCAUGGGCGCAGGACUCCAGACCGGUGCUGUCAAUCAAGACAUGUUUCUGGCCUCCCGCUGGGUCCUGGGAUUCGGCAUUCCCUUCGCAAUCGUCAACGCAUCCUCCAUGCUAGGAGAGUUGAGCUAUGCCAAGGAGAGGCCUGUCAUGACUUCGCUCUUCAACGCGUCCUGGUUUGUCGGUGCAAUCAUCGCCGCUGGCACGACGUAUGGGUCUUUCAAAAUGAACACGACGUGGGCCUGGCGACUGCCCUCACUGUUGCAGCUGGUGCCAUCCAUGUGCCAGAUGAUCUUCAUGCCGUUCUGCCCCGAGUCGCCACGCUGGCUCAUAUCGGUCGACCGCGCUGACGAGGCCUACGCCAUCCUUCAAAAGUACCACAGCGAGGGUGAAGACGGAGACGAGUUUGCACGCCUUGAGUUCGCGCAGAUCCAGUCCACGAUCGCGCUUGAAAAGGAGACAGCUUCCAGGUUCGUCUGGGCCGAUGUCAUCCGCGACGCCCCGAUGCGCCGACGGUUCCUGCUCGCCGCCAUCGUGGGUUUCUUCACGCAGUGGUCCGGAAACGGCCUGCUCAGCUUCUACAUGAAGAAGAUUCUCAACCUGGUCGGCGUCAAGGACAACGACACGAUCCAAAAGUUCAUCCUCGGCAACACGUGCUGGGGGUUCAUCAACGCCGUGCCCAUUGCCCUUAUCGCCCCUCGUUUCCCACGCCGGCGGAUGUUUCUCAUCUGCACCAUCGGGACCGCUUGCGUCUACACGGCCUGGACGGUGGCCUCUGCCCGCUUCGACAUGACCCAGGACCCAGCGGCUGCCAUCCCCGUGCUGGUUUUUAUUUUUGUCUAUUCGCCCUUUUACAACAUCGGCUGGAACGCGUUGACGUACACUUAUAUGGUUGAGAUAUUCCCUUACGCUCAGCGCGCCAAGGGAAUCGCUGUAGAGCAGGCCACGGUUCGCGUUGCAGUCUUCUUUAACACUUACGUCAAUGCCCUAGCGCUGGACAGCAUCCGCUGGCGCUAUUACAUUGUCUAUUGCAUCUGGAUUUUGAUCGAGAUCACGACGGUUUAUUAUCUGUUUCCCGAGACGCACGGCCGUACGCUGGAGGAGCUUUCGUUCAUGUUUGAAGGCAAGGAGGCGCAGGCGCGUGUGACCAGCGGAAUUGAAAAGAUUGCACACGCCGACGAGACGCAUGUGGAGGAGGAGGGGGCUGCGGCGGAUCGGGCGGCGACCAACGAGGGCAGAGUCUAG